GACGACGAAAGCGACCUAGGAGAAUGGCCUAAAUUUAUCCAAUCAACACUAGUAAUAAUUACUCGCCGCAAGCGUUACUGCUUUCUCUGAAUCACAUGAUCCGAUCCUGUCGGGUCCCUGGGCUAACUUCUCGAGCGCAUCCCCGGAACGGACUUCGCCUACCUGCGAACUGGUGAUAAGCGGCUCUCGCCAAUCUCUGAUUCGUUUGUGUUUCUAUAUCCGGACAUCUCAAGCCUACAUUUACUCGUUUGCCUCUGAGGCUUCAUAGAAUAGCUCAACCACCCCACUUGCUCCAUCGUCAGACGCAGGCUCUCUUCAUUCCACUUGACACACUUCUGUUUACCACCCUUUUCCUUCUCCACGUGCAUUUGAUACUUGAUAACGCCAACGUGGUUGUGGUUAUGGCACCAAGUCUCAUAGAGCCAGCUGUCUCUAGUGAGGCGAUACAGUCUCUGCAGUCGAUCACGUCCGUAUAUGAUGAUACCCUCCGGUUCUAUCUCAAUGGUACGCCUGUAAUCUUGGACACCGCAGAUCCAGAAGUCACUCUGCUAGAAUACCUUCGGGGUAUCGGACUCACGGGGACAAAGCUUGGAUGCGCCGAGGGGGGUUGUGGAGCAUGCACAGUAGUCAUAUCACAAUAUAAUCCUACAACGAAAACCAUCUACCAUGCGUCCGUGAAUGCGUGUCUUGCACCCCUCGUCAGUGUCGACGGCAAACAUGUUAUAACCGUAGAAGGAAUAGGAAGCGUGAAGAAGCCUCAUCCGGCCCAGGAAAGAAUAGCAAAGAGUAAUGGCAGUCAGUGCGGGUUUUGCACACCAGGAAUAGUCAUGAGUCUAUACGCUCUUCUACGUAACCAUCCUAAUCCCAACGAACACGAUGUCGAAGAAGCGUUCGAUGGGAAUCUUUGUAGAUGUACAGGAUACAGGCCGAUAUUGGAUGCGGCACAGAGUUUCAGCGUGAAAACAAUGUGCGGGAAAGCUUCUAGAAAUGAAGGUACCGGAUGUUGCAUGAACAAGGGGAGUGGAGGCGGUUGUUGCAAAGACGGCGCCGACGGCAUUAAUGGAGACAUGAAGUCAGUCAAGAAGUUUACACCGCCAGAUUUCAUCCAAUACAAGCCAGAGACAGAGCUCAUCUUUCCAGUAAGGUUACGGAAACACGAAUUCAAGCCUCUAGCUUUCGGGAACAAGCGCAAGAAGUGGUACAGACCAGUCACAUUGCAACAACUACUAGAAAUUAAAAGCGUAUAUCCAUCUGCCAAACUUAUAGGAGGUAGCACUGAGACUCAGAUCGAGGUAAAGUUCAAGGCCAUGCAGUAUUCCGUAUCGGUUUAUGUCGGAGACAUCCCAGAAUUAAGGCAAUACCACUUUGAGGAGGAUCAUCUCAAGAUAGGCGGAAACGUUGCGCUAACGGAUCUGGAGAAUAUCUGCAGAGAAGCGAUCAAGCACUACGGUGAGGUUCAAGGACAGCCGUUCGCGGCAAUGCUCAAGCAGCUGCGAUAUUUUGCAGGACGUCAAAUCCGAAAUGUCGGUACGCCAGCAGGCAAUCUAGCUACAGCAUCGCCAAUCUCUGAUCUCAACCCGGUGUUUGUUGCUACGAAUGCUGUACUCAUCGCUAAAUCUUUGGAUAAGACGACUGAGAUACCAAUGACGCAGUUCUUCAAAGGCUAUCGAACAACAGCACUCCCUCCAGACGCCAUUAUCGCAAGUAUACGAAUUCCUACGGCCCGUAGUGAAGGCGAGUAUAUCCAAGCCUACAAGCAAGCCAAGAGGAAAGAUGAUGACAUUGCGAUCGUGAAUGGUGCACUACGUGUGUCGCUUGACAAGUCCCACACCGUCGAGGGCACCAGUCUUAUCUAUGGAGGUAUGGCGCCAACAACAGUCCCCGCUCGUAAGACUAUGGAGUACCUACACGACAAGAAAUGGACAGAAUUGGCUACUCUUGAAGGUGCUAUGAACGCGCUCGAAAAAGACUUUGACCUUCGGUUUGGCGUCCCAGGCGGCAUGGCAACCUACCGCAAGUCUUUAGCGCUAAGCUUUUUCUACAAGUUCUAUCAUGAAGUACUCUCGAAGCUCGGCGCUGCGGAGGGCGAAGUCGACACACAAGCGGUUGGAGAGAUCGAACGAGAUAUUUCCAGGGGGGAGAAGGACCACAGCGCCGGUAAAGCUUACGAGCAGAAGAUUCUGGGGACGGAAAGACCACAUGUGGCAGCGAUGAAGCAGUGCACUGGCGAAGCCCAAUACACGGACGACAUUCCUGUGCAAAAGAAUGAGCUUUAUGGAGUCAUGGUGCUCUCAACCAAAGCACACGCCAGGCUUCUGGAUGUUGAUCCUUCACCUGCACUUGAUUUACCUGGUGUAGUAGAGUGGGUUGACCACCGAGAUUGCGCAACACCAGAAUCAAAUCGGUGGGGUGCGCCAGUCUGCGAUGAGGUCUUCUUUGCGGUCGAUGAAGUGUUUACUGCCGGUCAGCCGAUUGGUAUGAUCCUUGCAGAUACUGCGAAACAUGCCGAAGCAGCAGCCCGCGUUGUCAAGAUCGAGUACGAGGAGCUACCUGCUAUAUUCUCAAUCGAGGAGGCGAUCGAGAAGGAAAGCUACUUCGACCAUUUCAAGGAGAUUAAGACAGGCGACACAGAAAAGGCUUUCGCGGAAGCUGACCACGUGUUUACUGGAAUCGCGCGUAUGGGUGGUCAAGAACACUUCUAUCUUGAAACGCAAGCCUGCUGCGUGGUACCAAAGCCUGAGGACGGUGAGCUGGAAGUUUUCAGUAGCACCCAGAAUCCAGCAGAGACGCAAGCAUAUGUUGCGAAGCUCUGUGGAGUGCAGGCCAAUAGAGUCGUAACGCGUGUCAAGCGUAUGGGUGGAGGUUUCGGCGGUAAAGAGACAAGAUCCGUCCAGCUCGCUGGUAUAUGCGCUACAGCUGCGAACAAGACGCGUCGUCCAGUGCGAUGUAUGCUCAACAGAGACCAAGAUAUCAUGACCUCCGGGCAGCGGCAUCCUUUCCUGGGACGGUGGAAGGUUGCUGUUAACAAGGACGGAAGGAUCCAAGCCAUGGACUGCGAUAUUAUCAACAACGGCGGCUGGAGUCAGGAUCUCAGUGGUGCCGUAGUCGAGCGAGCUCUAUCUCACUCAGAUGGUGUAUACAAGUUUCCGAAUAUGUGGGUUCGCGGACGUGUCGCAAAGACCAAUACCGUCUCCAACACAGCCUUCAGAGGUUUCGGUGGCCCACAAGGAAUCUUCAUAUGUGAGUCAAUGAUGGUAGAAGUCGCGGAUCACAUGAAGAUUCCUGUCAACAAGCUACGCGAACUCAACAUGUACAAGUCCGGUGAUAAGACUCACUUCAACCAGGAACUCAAGGACUGGUUUGUACCCCUAAUGUGGGAUCAAGUCAAGCAAGAAUCUGAUUACGAGCGUCGUGAACGUGAAGUCGAGAAAUUCAAUGAGACGCACAAAUGGAACAAGCGCGGCCUUGCUCUCAUCCCAACAAAGUUUGGUAUCUCCUUCACUGCGCUUUUCCUGAACCAAGCCGGUGCUCUCGUCCAUAUCUAUCAUGAUGGCUCCGUCCUGCUCGCUCACGGCGGCACCGAGAUGGGCCAAGGCCUGCAUACUAAAAUGAUCAUGAUAGCAGCUGAAGCCCUCGGCGUCCCGCAGGAUAAUGUCUUCAUUUCCGAGACCGCAACGAACACAGUCGCGAACACUUCAUCAACUGCUGCUUCUGCGUCCAGCGACCUUAAUGGUUAUGCUAUUUGGAAUGCCUGUUCAGAACUCAACAAGCGUCUCGAGCCGUAUCGAGAGAAACUAGGUAGGGACACACCAAUGAGUAAACUUGCCCACGCAGCAUACUUUGAUCGCGUCAACUUGUCCGCCCAGGGCUUCUAUAAGACACCCGAGAUUGGAUAUGUAUGGGGCGCAAACAAGGGCAUGAUGUUCUACUACUUCACACAGGGUGUCUCCGCCGCCGAAGUUGAGAUCGACACGCUCACGGGUGAUUGGACGUGCCGGCGCGCCGACAUUAAGAUGGAUGUUGGCCGCAGCAUCAAUCCGGCCAUUGACUACGGACAGAUUGAAGGCGCGUUCGUGCAGGGCCAGGGCCUGUUCACGACCGAAGAGAGCCUGUGGAUGCGAGCGACAGGCCAGAUUGCGACGCGUGGCCCUGGGAACUAUAAAAUCCCAGGCUUUAGAGACAUCCCGCAGGUAUUCAAUGUGAGCUUGUUGAAGGACGUGCAGUGGGAGAAUCUCAGAACGAUUCAGCGGAGUCGUGGUGUUGGGGAGCCUCCUUUGUUUAUGGGAUCAGUAGUCUUCUUCGCAAUCCGAGAAGCACUCAAAGCAGCACGUAAGCAGUUUGGCGUUGAGGACGUGCUUAACUUGCACAGUCCGGCAACCGUGGAAAGGAUUCGUGUUAGCUGUGCGGAUCCGAUCAUCGAGCGGAGCAGAGUUAAUCCACAGGAGGGCGAGAAGAGCUUCUUCGUCUCUAUAUGAGAGAGUGGUUUGUGUAUUCAUAUGGCUGGCGCUCGGAGCUGUUCGAAGGGAGACUCUGGCGUCGACGCUCGGCGCUGUGUAAACUAACAGAAUCUGGUGUGUUCAUCAAUACUACAGACUCACACGGGCAAGACUGGAAAUUAAGCUUGUCAAUUUUAACUACGAGUUGUAGAUUAGACAAGUCUAAACAGAGGUGGACUGGUGGCCGUCCUCCUGUUUUAUGAUACUACGAGCUUUGUAAAUUGGUAACAUAUAGACCGACGCAACAAGAGGUUCCGUUUGACUG